AUGCAUCCCAGGCUGCUCCGCUGCUGCUGCUGCUGCUGCUGCUGCUUGGUUCUUCUGCUGCUCAUCAGUGUAGGAGCCGCUACCAAGAACGAAAAAUGCGGUGAUACUAUAAAGAUAAAGGAACCCAGCUACCUGGUCUCCCCGGGAUAUCCUGUGAACUACUACCCAUCCCAGAGAUGCGAGUGGAUCAUACAAGCCCCUGAAAAGUACCAGAGGAUCGUGAUCAACUUCAACCCUCACUUUGAUUUAGAAGACAGGGAGUGCAAAUAUGACUUUGUGGAAUUGUAUGAUGGAGAUAAUGCAAGUGGCCGCUUCUUGGGGAAAUUCUGCGGGAAGAUCGCACCGCCGCCUCUUGUCUCUCAUGGACCUUCCUUGUUUAUCAAAUUUGUAUCAGACUACGAAACGCAUGGUGCUGGAUUUUCGAUUCGCUAUGAGCUUUUUAAAACAGGUCCGGAGUGCUCCCGCAACUUUACAGAACCCACUGGAGUGAUAAAAUCUCCUGGCUACCCAGAAAAGUACCCCAAUGCUUUGGAAUGUACAUACACCAUCUUUGCACAAAAGAUGUCAGAAAUUAUCGUGGAGUUUGAAGGAUUUGAACUUGAAUUGGAUUCUAAUAGCCCAGCAAGCCUAACGUGCCGAUAUGAUUAUUUGGAAAUAUGGGAUGGAUUUCCCGGAGUGGGUCCACACAUUGGACGUUACUGUGGACAGAACACACCAGGACGUAUUCGCUCCUCAACUGGAAUCCUGACGAUGAUUUUUCACACGGACAAUGCAAUAGCCAAAGAAGGAUUCUCUGCGAACUAUACUGUGUUGCAGAGCAAUGCGGAGGAAGAUUUUCAAUGUAGAGAGCCUCUCGGAAUGGAAUCUGGGGAGAUCACAUCAGAUCAAAUCACUGUAUCCUCACAGUACAGCACCAACUGGUCCGCAGAAAGAUCUCGAUUGAACUAUAUUGAGAAUGGUUGGACACCUGGUGAAGACUCUGUUAAAGAAUAUAUACAGGUAGACCUGAGACUUCUGCGUUUUGUUUCUGGCAUUGGAAUCCAGGGAGCCAUAUCGAAGGAAACCAAGAAGAAGUAUUUUGUGAAAUCCUAUAAAAUCGAUAUUAGCUCUAAUGGAGAAGACUGGAUUACACUUAAAGAUGGAAAUAAACAUUUAGUUUUUCAAGGAAACACAAAUCCAAUUGAUGUUGUCUACAGAGCAUUUCCCAAGCCUGUCCUAACGCGGUUUAUUAAGCUCCGGCCUGUGACUUGGGAAAAUGGGAUCUCUUUAAGAUUUGAAGUCUACGGCUGUAAAAUAACAGAUUAUCCAUGCUCAGGAAUGCUGGGGAUGAUUUCAGGACUCAUAUCCGACUCCCAGAUUACAGCCUCAAGCCAGUUCGAUCGAAACUGGAUCCCUGAACUUGCCCGCUUGGUGACCAGCCGAUCUGGCUGGGCUCUGCCACCUUCUAACAAUCACCCCUACACAAAGGAAUGGCUGCAGAUUGACCUUGGAGAGGAAAAGAUUAUUAGCGGCAUUAUUAUUCAGGGUGGGAAACAUCGGGAGAACAAAGUUUUCAUGAAGAAGUUCAAGAUUGGCUACAGCAAUAAUGGGACUGAAUGGAAGAUGAUCAUGGAUUUCAGUAGGAACAAACCAAAGACGUUUGAAGGCAAUACAAAUUAUGACACCCCGGAGUUAAGGACCUUUGCCCCUAUAUCAACCCGCUAUAUCCGCAUAAUCCCUGAAAGAGCAUCGGUGUCGGGUCUUGGUUUACGACUGGAACUACUGGGCUGCGAAAUUGAAGCACCAACCUCCAUUCCCCCCACUUCAAAGAUAGAAGCUGAUGAUGAAUGUGAUGAUGAGCUCAUUCCCUGCCACAGUGGAACAAGCGAAGACUACAAACUGGCAGCUGGAUCUACAAUUCCAAGCACAGAGGCACCAACUACUGAGGGCAGCACAGAAUCAGAUUCAUCACAAAGCAACCUGGACUGUACAUUUGGCUGGGGGUCACAGAAAACAAUCUGCCAGUGGGAACAUGAUAACACCUUGAACCUCAGAUGGACUGUGUUGAACAGCAAAACCGGCCCAGUGCGGGAUCACACCGGAGAUGGAAAUUUCAUUUACUCCGAAGCUGAUGAAAAACACAGGGGUAAAGUGGCCCGGCUGUUGAGUCCUGUGGUGGACUCCUCUAAAUCCUCCCAGUGCAUGACCUUUUGGUAUCACAUGCCUGGCACCCACGUUGGCUCUUUGAGCAUCAGACUAGCGUAUGAAAAUCAGGAAGGCUUCGAUCAGAUGUUAUGGACAGCCAGUGAUGGCGAGCACCAGAAUGACAACUGGAAGGAAGCUCGGGUGUUACUACACAAGUCACUGAAGCAAUAUCGGGUGGCGAUUGAGGGAACGAUUGGCAAAGGAAGCAGUGGAGGAAUUGCUGUGGAUGAUAUCAUUAUUGCUAAUCAUAUACCUCCUGAACAAUGCAAAGGGUCCGACUCAUCAGGAUCUGGAACAGGAACUGAGGACCAUACAAACGGUAGGACAGGGAUUACUCCGAAUUACUCUGGUGAGAACCAUGUUGAUGAGAGCAUCUCCAAGAAGCCAGGAGGCGUACUAAAGACCCUGGACCCCAUCCUCAUCACCAUCAUUGCCAUGAGCGCUUUGGGAGUCUUACUUGGCGCCAUUUGUGGCGUGGUUCUGUACUGUGCUUGUUGGCACAAUGGCAUGUCAGAGAGGAACUUAUCCGCCCUGGAAAAUUAUAAUUUCGAACUUGUGGACGGUGUCAAGUUAAAAAAGGACAAACUAAACACACAGAAUACAUAUUCAGAGGCAUGAAACAGCAAAAAGGAAAUAAAGAUAGUUGUUGCAGAUAAAUUCAGCGGAAAGACUAAAGUCAGUUUUGGUGGAGACGGACCAAUGAUCUUUUACUGCUAGGCUAUAAAGUGCAUUGGUUGACGUGAAGCCAAACUUCUCUCAGGAGCUUCAGUGAAAAUACCUGAAAACUAUGGACGCAAAUACAAUCUGAAUCAUGUACAGCUGGCUUUUCUUUUCUUUUUGUUUUUUUUUUGUUUUGGAUAAUCAGAUGCUGGUGUUGAGACCAAUUAUGAUUGACUUUAUGGUUUUGUAAACUCCGUUCCAUCUUGUUUCGUUUUUCUGCUACAGAUAUCUUUGUUGUGAGCAAAAUCCAGAAUACUGUCAAAGAAAUACAUUGAGCGGGGUUCUGUGGAAAGCCACAUGGUAUGCCACAUCCACUAAGUCCCCCGCCCCGCGCAUCAUAGGACUCGCAGCACGAAUUUUUCCUCCUGUUGUGCAUAUCUGUUUGUGCUGUGUAUAAAGCAACAAAGGUUUAGGAAGUCCUAAACAAAAUGUGCCACUAUGAUGUUUUCUGGCAAUUUUUUAAAGCAACGCUACCCAUUAAUGUUGUGUUUCAGUGUUGUUCUGGAGCAUAGUGCUUUAAAACGUCUCUAGGGUUCAUGCACCGUCAUCAAAUGCAAUGGGCAAUAGAGGGUACGGCCUACCCUUAAGACAAUGUUGUUGGCACUAGCUAGUGGAUGUCCUCUCAAGUGCCUUUUUGUGUUUGUGUUAGUUUUGACUGUGUUCUCACCGAUUGCAACAAUGCUUUUGUUUCAGUCAUUAUUAUUAUAUGCCCUUGUCUAGAACUGUGUACCACGAUGGUCAAAAAAAUUUAAAAAAUGUGAUGAUGGCCUCUCAAAGGCAAGGGCUACCACUGAAUCAUCAACUCAACUGAAAGCUUUUAUUUGGAAACAGAAUGAUUUUUUUUUCAUUUAUUUUAUUGCUGAAUCCAUGACUUUUUUUGUGUAAAAAAAGCUGCAAUAUCCCAUUUUUCUUUUUCUCUGUAGAAUGUAUUUAACAGUUUAUUCUCAACUUUGAGUAAACAAUGUAAAGGUUUGUGCCGUAGACUGACAGGCAAAACACAGCUCUGUUUCCGAUACCGAUAAGACAGAGACGAUCCUCUGGUGUAAAUCCAAUAAGGGAAACUUCUUGCAUUAACCCUACAAAGUCUAACUUUGGCUUUCUUUCCGGAUGUGAAAAGAUACAGUAUCAUUUUUCUAAAAA